CUUUACAAGACACGCGGAAAUGAAAUGAUAGCAGGUCUGGGCCGGGACUCCGUGCCGGUGCAUCAGUGGCUUCAGCAGAAAUGACUUCUGGACUCCUUAUUUUGCAAAACAGAAGAAAAGGUGGCGACGCAGUCAGCUCAGGUCACUGAAGUCUGAAAAUGAAGUGCCCAUCGUGUAGCCAUAAUAUUUUGGAGAAAACAGCAAAGUUCUGCUGUGAGUGUGGCCAUAGGCUGCCUAUCCAUCCUGCAAACACACAGGAUACAACAGAUGAGCCCAGAUCCUUGGUAGCACACCCGGGAGGUACAGCUGAGAGAUCUGUGUCUCAAACAAUCGAGUCACCUGUGGACAGCAAAGACUCCAACAAAUCCCCCAAACGACCAAAUGAUGAGAGCAUCAGUAAUCCAAAGAAAAAGAAAAAAAAGAGGAAGCGGAACAAAAAGAAGAAAGAUGGCAACUUGGACCAAGAGAUGUCCAACAUCUCCUUGGGAGACAACCAGGGGAAGAGCAAGCAGAGUGGAAAAGACUCUACUGACAGUGACAGCUCAGAUAAUGCAAUGGAUGAAACACCCGACUCACACCAGGAUGGACCCGACUCACUAGAGAGCCAGCCCAGUUCUUCAACAGCAAACAUUCCUGCUGCACCACCUGAAGACACACAAGCUAUUCAGAGUGAAACAGCUGCUGCCACAGAAGAUGCAAAGACUGUGGCACAGCCUGAAGAAGCUCCUGGGGACCCAGUUGAAGCUGAAAGCAAUGCACCGAAAUCAACUCAGGAUCAGAAACUCGAGGACGAACCAGUUUACACUCGAGCUCCAAUUGCAGAGGUCAGCAAGAGUACGACUCCUCAGUCAGGUCCAGACAAUGGGACGAAGCCCACUAAUCCUAAAGACAAAAAGACGGAAAAGUCUGCAGAAGCUCCAGGGAAACCUGUUGAAGGAGAGAGCAAUGCACCGAAAUCAGCUCAGGAUCAGAAACUCAAGAACGCACCGGUUGACACUAGAGCUCCAAUUGCAGGGGGCAGCAAGAGUACGACUCCUCAGCCAGGUCCAGACAAAGGGACGAAGCCCACUAACCCUAAAGACAAAAAGACGGAAAAGUCUAAAGAAGCUCCAGGAAAACCUGUUGAAGGAGAGAGCAAUGCACCGAAAUCAGCUCAGGAUCAAAAACUCAAGAAUGCACCAGUUGACACUAGAGCUCCAAUUGCAGAGGCCAGCAAGAGUACGACUCCUCAGCCAGGUCCAGGCAAAGGGACGAAGCCUGCCAACCCUAAAGAUCAAAAGACGGAUAAGAAUAAAGAACAAAAGAAUAACAAAGACACAACCAAACAACCCACACUGGACCAGAAUGCCAACAUGGAGACAAAUACAAGACAGGCAGAACCAAACAAACAGACGGGGAAGAACCAGCAGAACCAGAAACAAAAGCAGCCUGUAGCUGAACAAAAGAUGGUUUUUGGCCCCCAAAAACCAUCAACGGAUAACAGCGCCGGCUCCAGUGUGGACCCUCAGGGGACAGCAGAGAACAUGGAGGUGCAGCAGUCUGGGAGCAAGCAGGACUCGACUGCAGCACAAAACAAUGACGGUGACAAGGGCAGUAAAGAUGACAGUAGGGACGACACAGAAUCCAACAUCCCCGCUGGCCCACCACCCAAAAGGGUGACCAGGAACAACACCAUUGCUGCACGAGACAGACUCACAAUUUACUUCCAUGCAGUUCUCUCAAAGGAUUUCAAAUUUGAUCCAAAUGAGGAUCGUAUCUUCAUCAGGGCUGGCUGCUGCAUUGGGACAUGGAAGGAAGAUGCAGUUGAGCUGUUUGUGACAAGGGACCUUGGAGAACAUGGUUUUCUGGUCGAGGGCAGUCUGAUGACACUCAGAAAAGAUGCUGAGUCUGAGUCUAUACCAUACAAAUAUGUUGUCUAUAGAAAUAAAAAGGGCAAAUAUGAGUAUGAGUAUAUAUACAAACUGGAUUCUACACAACACAAACUCAACAGAUGUUUGUUUGUGAAGUCCCACCUCCUCACCGAAGAAGGUGACUGGCAUCAAUAUGAUGACAUCGUCUGUGUUGAGCCAUCGACUAAUGUGCUCAAACGCCUUAAAGACAAGAUCUGGCCUGAUCAAAGGAAAGAUCUAAUUCAAGGCAGAGAGAUUGCAGGGAAUGUGAUGCUAGACACCAUUUUUGAUCUACUCAAGAGCUGGAGUGAUACCAAUUUGAGAAGCUUCCUGAUCCAACUGAAUCAGUUCUUUCAGAUUUAUGGGGAGCCCUUUGUGUUUGAGGACAGACAAAAGAAAUGGAACUCCUUGGACUAUGGAAAAGACGAUGUGAGGAGGAUGCUUAAGGAAUUCAUGCUGACAAAGGUGAUUCCUCAGUUGUUGGUUGAUGGAGAGGGAAAGAUGCUCUACAUUCAGGACACAAUGAGAGCGGCUGUGAUCAUGCUCUGUGUAUGUAGACAACAUGGUAUCAGACUAAAUGAUGGUGAACUCCAUCGGCUCUGCACUGCACUGUGCCUGCCCAAAAAAGAUGAUUUUCUUCAGUACUGGAACGAUUUUUCUAAGGAUGUCUCUAUUUUCAAAAAUCUGCCAGAAAUGUUGAUUACUCUGAUAAACAGUGUGAGAACAGUGGGAAUGCCUCGAUGGAUUCUGGUAUUACCGCUUCUCCACCUUCUCAAAGGCAACACAAAGCCCUUUGAAAUACCAACAUAUGGAACCUCGAAGUACGGUGUAUCCUGGGCAGGUUUGCAAGGCAUUGGCUUUGGUACCUCAGCAACAUACAUGAACAGUCAAGACAGAAGGGCGCUGUUGAAUGUGAUGAAGAAUCACGCUCACUUGAUGGAAGUGGACACACUUUUAGUGCGAUCCUGCUUGUACUUGGUGCCAUUUGAAGAUCUGAUGGAGUUUAUCAUCAGCAUUAACAUUGAGCUCUUGGACAUGCUUCAGGUUUUCACUUUUAAGGCUCCUUCGGAUAUUUCCUACAGUAACUUCCAGACAGUAUCUCAAAUUCUCUCACAUAUCCAAGAACAUCUCAUUGAGGAAAAAUACAGUCAUUUCACAGAGGCUUACAGGAGAGAGUGCCUUGCCACAGUAGUGAAACUGUUAGAGAGGAUCUGCAAAGGAGCCAAAGCAGCAUAUAGCAAGGGCUGCCUUGAUAUUCCUGUUGCUUGCAUGAAUCUGGUUGCAUCAGUGUCAGACUUUGUUCACAGUAACAAACAACAGGAGCCUCAAGAAGGAGGAAAAGAGCAUCGAUUUGACAUGGUGAUCUCUCAUGCGAUGGACAUUAUGAGAGACUGGAUCAGUCAGUCCUUCAGACAGGGUUUGCUCAGCAGAGGUCUGACAUCUCUGUACCGAGUUGAGGCAACAGCGGAGAUUGAAAUGUGGAACAACAUAAUCGCCAUCAGUUUCAAAGAUGAAGAGUGUACAAAAGAAUGGAGACAGAGAUUCACAAGAGAUUUUGAGGGCAAGUACAAACAGGAGUCUGCUGUGGAUCAAAUUGAAUUCUACUGCACAAAGAUAGAGGAGCUCAAUUCAUCCCAUCCACAGGUUGCUGCUAUUAUUGAGAGAUGUGCUCUUGAGGCAGUUACAUCUUUGUGCCAGACCAAGUCUGAGGGAAAGCUGUUUGAGAAGUUAAAGGUAAACUGGAAAUUCGGGAAACUUAUCUCAGCCAUAAUCGAGAAAUCCUGGCCGAAGGACCGUCAUGGAAAUUACGAGGAAGAUGAAGAGUUGGUCCUACAGCACCUCCUCUCCUGGACUGCUGCCAAAGACUAUUUCAAACUACAUGGUGCAGAUGAAAAGCUGAUUGAGAAGCUCUCUCAAGAUGCCAGGGACAGAAUUGCUAUUGCCAUAUCAUCAUUCACAGCCAUUAACAAACAACUGGUCCAUGGAAGCAUUAAGACCCGCCUGCUCAGUAUCAUCUUGGAGAAGAGUAGCGCCUUCUUAGAUAUGCUGAAGAUUGAUUGCCUCUCUGAAAAUGAACAAUACAAGGAUAAUACCAAAAUGAAGAGGCUGUUGCAGUUGAGAGAGAAUGAGUUGAAAGCUGUUUACCAUGAGAAGGAGCUUGUGGAUGCCAUCUUAACAAUGAGCCACAAACUUGAGGAACACAUGAAAGUUGAUGUUGCCGACAUGGAACAGAGACAGCGGGUCAACAUUGAGGUCAUGCCUUUGAACUCUUUCAUGGAGGUAUAUCCCUUUGAUCAAAUGCCCUCUCCCAUGGCGGGCACUGUUACCUACUUCAAUCUGGAUGAAGAAAUCCGAAACAUGGCAGAGGUCCUGUACACGUAUAGAGAGAGUUAUAUAUUCAAACUGUGUUGGGAGAAACAAGCCAAACUCAUGGCCACUGAAGAAAUGGAACAAGACGAUCCUGAUGAACAAGAAGAUAUAACAGCAACACCAGAAACAAUAUAUUACGACAUUUUCGAACCUUGCUUUGAUGACUACAAAAACAUCUACACCUGUCUGAAAAAUGGCACUAUAAGGCUUGAGGAGGUAAACCAGCUCUUCAAAGCUUUCAAUGGCCGGUACGAAGCACUUGCGCAGGACCUGAACAUCAUGUGCAAAAUUGAUAAAUCCACCGACAGUGGACAAUGGAUCUACCGUAGAGUUCAACAGAUUGAGCAGUAUCAUGAGCUUCAUCUGGCUGUGGCUUCGGCUGAAAUUAUCAUGAUGGUCAAAGACACGCUUCAUCUUCAAGGGGACUUCAGGGUCCUGGAGACACUCACAGAAGUUAAUCAUGCAGACUUUCAGAAAGAGAAGCUCAAUCGAAUUGACAAUGACUUGAUGCAAGCCAAGAUGGUCCUGGUUGACAUCACUGAACCCCGCAGACUUUGCCUUCAGGAGCUGGGACUCAGAGGACACUUUGUCAAAUGGGUAAAAGAUGCACUUGAAGAUAUCAAUGAGUUGAAGGUGUUCGUUGAUUUGGCUUCCAUCUCUGCGGGAGAGAAUGACAUGGAUGUUGACCGUGUCGCUUGCUUCCAUGAUGCUAUCCUCGGCUACUCAUCAAUGCUAUAUGAGCUCAAACCAGACUCUGGUUUUGAUGUCCUCAAAGAGGUGCUUAAAAAGCUCUGGAGAGCUUUGGAGAACGACAGCAACCUACCAAAAAAACUGAGGGACAGUGCACGCCAUUUGGAAUGGUUGAAGACAGUGAAGGACUGUCAUGGAUCAGUGGAGCUGUCAUCUCUCUCUUUAGCAUCAGCCAUCAACAACAAGGGUAUCUACCUGAUUAGUGCACAGAGUGUAAAAAAGUUGAGUCUUGAGACAGCCUUGAAGCUGCAGAUUCCAGAGGAGCAUGAUGAGGGGCAGCAGAUGCGCAGCUAUUCUCUUGAGGAUCUGCGGGACCUGCAGAACAAACUCAUGCUUAUGUCUGGGAAAGGGGAUCAAGGGCAGUGUGAAGUUGAUCACUUUGCAGAGGUUUUCGCCAGUGUUCAAAGACUAGCUGAGGCAUUCAUUGCCCUAUACACUGCUGGGAAUCCUCUGUUCAGACAAUGGGAAGCGCAAAUCAACUGCAGCUUAAGCAGCAAUGAACCCAGCAUUAUGAUGGACUUCAACCUGGGCAGUGUUGUCAGUGUUGUCAUUGUGGAGGGCAGGAUAGAGGAGCAGCUUCCUGAAUUUUGCAGGAAAAUGGAGAAGUGUCUGGACUAUUGGAUGGAUUUUGUGGACAAACAAAGAUCCCAGCAUUACUAUCUGAACUACUAUACAGCCGAACAGAUCGUCUACCUCUGCAGCAAGCUGACUCAGCAAAAUGUGACCAAUAUUGAAGACCAAGUUCUCAUGAUGCUUUCCUUCGUCAAGCCAAAUUGCACAGCCUCAGACUUGAGGCAGGUCUGGCAUGAACUCCAGUAUGAGAUCCUCACCAAACCACAAGAGCAAAAUGAGGACAUUGAGUUCCAGACUUUUGUCAUGGUGCCAAGUAGUGAACUGGGAGACCCAGAAUUCACCAGCGAGUUGGAUCCUCUGCCAAGUCUUGUGGAACAAGCAAGUGGUUCCCAAACGUUUGAUCUGAUAUGGAAUGCCUAUAUGAAGGACAUGAAGACUUAUCUUCCACACCUCCUUGAUAUAAAAAGUCUUGGAAGACUUUUGGAAAUACUGGCCAACAAAGAAGAUGAGAGUGAAGAUAAGCGUGAAGAAGACAUUUCUGAUUACAUUGGGGAUUUCAUACAGAGGCGGCUACCAAAAGGCCUGGUCACUGGAAAUCCAAACCUCAUUAUUUGCCCACAUGAUGAGGUCUUGACAUCUUGCAUCUCAGUUUACAUGAGUAGUGAAGAUGAGACACUUCCCACCUUUGAUGAAGUCCUCCUGUGCAACUCCUCAACACCAUACGAACAAGUGGAGCUAUUCCUCAGACGCUGUCUCAGCACAGGAUACAGAGGGCAGAAGAUAUACUCGCUACUGUAUGGAGAUCUGCUCACAUAUGAUGUGAGCUCCAAAGUUGAGAAUCUUUUUCAGCGAAUGAAAAUGCAGAGCAGGAAAGACUACAGACUUGUUAUCAUCUGCAGCUCAGAAAGAGAACAUGCCUACCUUCCUUCAGCCUUCAGCCAAUACAGAUUGCACAUGGUUCCUCAGGAGUCAUUGGCGAGGAUCCAAAUGUACCUCCACAAACACUACGUUGUUCCAGAAAAUCAAGACAGCGCUGCAGCUGUAUUCAAAGACCGACUGUGCGUUGGGGUCGUCUCAUCCAAAAGGGCAGGUGUUGGCAAAUCCCUCUAUGUCAAGAGGCUAAAUGAAGAACUGAAGCACUCAACCAGAAAGCCAUCGAUGAUGAAAUGCAUCCGCUUGAUUGAACCAACUGUUGAUGAGAAUGUCAUCGUCCAAUCGCUGUUGAACACCCCCAAGAGGAAAGAACUCAUGAUGUUCCAUUUUGACAUCACAUCAUCGGUUCAGAAAGGUCUCCAUGAGUUUCUCUUCAAAUUGUUGAUUCUGCGCUAUUUGAUGGACUCUGAGGGAAAGACAUGGAAGUGCAGUGACAAGCAGCUGUAUAUAAUUGAGAUUUUAGAGCCAACUGACAUGUCAACCAGAAAUGCUUCACGGCAGGCUCAAAAUGUGAACAGCACUUUCACAGAAGUGUUCCCAAAUAUCUUCUGCCGACCACCCAAAGAGGUGCUAAUGCUAGAGAUGAGGAAGCAAGAAGAUCCUACCAUUGUCAGCACUGAUGACCCACUGAUGGAUGAUGAAGAAUUCCGGAGUGAAGCCUUUCAGCGGCCCUACCAGUAUCUCACACGAUUUCAUAACAAAGUCGAUCUUGAUGUGUUUACAAGUCAGGGCGUUGAAGGGUCACACGUGGAAUGUCUUCAGAUGCUUCUCAUGUACUGUGGCAUUAUGGACCCGUCCUGGGCAGAACUAAGAAACUUUGCAUGGUUCCUAAACCUUCAGCUGAAAGACUGUGAGACAUCUGUAUUUUGUGAUGCCACAUUCAUUGGAGACACGCUGACUGGAUUCAAAACCUUUGUGGUGGACUUCAUGAUUCUGAUGGCAAAGGACUUUGCCACGCCAUCACUCAGCAUCUCUGACCAGAGUCCUGGCAAGCUGCACACUGACCUGACAGGUGUCCGGGAUGAAGACCUAGCUCCUUUCCUGAUCAGGAAGAGAUGGGAAACAGAACCACAUCCAUACAUCUUCUUUAAUGAUGACCAUGUGUCCAUGACCUUCAUUGGUUUCCAUCUUCAGCCCAAUGAACAGAACUCUGUGGAUGCCAUUGAGCCCAAAUCUGGAAGGGUGAUAAAAAAGAACGUCAUGACACGGGCAUUGUAUGAAGGCCUAAUCCUUCAGAGAGCCCCUUUCAACAUCGACUUUGAUGGCCUUCCAAGAGGGGAGAAAAUAGAGAGAAUCUGCAAUGUUCUUGGUAUCCAGUGGCCUCUUGAUCCUGAUGAAACAUACGAGCUUACAACUGACAACAUACUAAAGAUGCUGGCAAUCCAUAUGCGGUUUAGGUGCGGCAUCCCUGUCAUCAUCAUGGGAGAAACUGGGUGUGGCAAGACAAGGCUCAUCAAAUUCCUUUGUGAGUUGCGGAGAAGUGGAGUGGCCACUGAGAAUAUGAAACUUGUCAAGGUGCAUGGAGGGACAACUUCGGAGAUGAUUUACACCAAAAUCAGAGAAGCAGAAGACAUUUCUUCUAUUAACAAGCAAGAUUACGGAUUUGACUCUGUUCUCUUCUUUGAUGAGGCCAACACUACCGAGGCCAUCAGCAGCAUUAAGGAGGUUCUCUGUGACAAGACAGUCAAGGGGGAAAGUUUGACCCCCAACUGUGGCUUGCAGAUUAUCGCAGCAUGCAACCCCUACCGAAAGCACACAGAUGAGAUGAUUGAGAGAUUAGAAUCUUCUGGUCUUGGGUACAGAGUUCGUGCCGAAGAGACAGAUGAAAAGCUUGGGUCUAUCCCUCUCCGACAGUUAGUCUACAGAGUUCAAGCAUUACCACCAAGCAUGAUCCCUCUGGUGUGGGACUUUGGACAGUUAAACGAUCACACAGAGAAAAUAUACAUCCAGCAGAUUGUGCAAAGAGUGGUUGAAAACAAAACGAUAGAUCAAAGGCACAUAAAGUGCAUCACUGAUGUCCUGUCAGCUUCACAGAAGUACAUGCGGUCAAGAAUGGAUGAAUGCAGCUUUGUCAGCCUGAGAGAUGUCGAACGUUGCAUGCUGUCUUUUGUUUGGUUCUAUGACAACCAUGUCAUGUUGUUUGCAGAGCUCGAAAAAAUUGAGAACAAUCAAGAUACUGAGAACAAUGAAAAGCAACAGAGACAGCCUGAGGUCAGAGACCCUGUGCUAUGGUCUCUAGUCAUGGCCAUAGGAGUGUGCUACCAUGCCUGCCUAGAAUAUAAAGAUCAAUACAGAAAGAAAAUCAGCAAAAGCCUACCACCACCCUACAUCCCAACAAAGAUAAUGCAGGAUAUCUCACUCAUGCAGGAUUUGCUUCUGAGUGGUGUGCCAAUGGGGGAUACAAUUGCAAGAAACAGUGCCCUCAAAGAGAAUGUCUUCAUGAUGGUUCUCUGCAUUGAGCUAAGAAUCCCCCUCUUCUUAGUUGGAAAACCUGGAAGUUCAAAAUCUCUGUCUAAAACUCUGGUAGCAGAUGCAAUGCAGGGCCAAGCUGCUCACUCUGACCUCUACAGGAAGCUUAAACAAAUCCAUUUGGUGUCCUUCCAAUGUAGCCCUCACUCAACACCAGACGGCAUCAUUAAUACGUUCAAGCAAUGCGGACGCUUCCAGGAAGGAAAGAACCUGGACGAGUACAUUUCAGUCGUGGUUCUUGAUGAGAUCGGGCUGGCUGAGGACUCUCCGAAGAUGCCACUAAAAACCCUUCAUCCACUGCUAGAAGAGGGAUGCAUUGAUGAUGAGCCACUACCACACAAAAAGGUUGGAUUCAUUGGCAUCUCCAACUGGGCUUUAGACCCUGCAAAGAUGAACAGAGGCAUUUUUGUCUCCCGAGGUGACCCUGAUGAGAAGGAACUCAUCGAGAGUGCUAAAGGCAUAUGCAAAUCUGAUGCAAUGGUUUUGGAGAAGGUCAGGGAUUUCUUCCAACCCUUUGCAAGAGCCUACUUGAACAUCUGCCGCAAACAAGGCAAAGGCUUUUUUGGCCUACGUGACUAUUACAGCUUGAUUAAGAUGAUUUUUGCUGUGGCCAAGGCUUCUCAAAGAAAGCCCACUGCAGAAGAAACCGUGAAAGCAGUGUUGAGAAAUUUCAGUGGCAGGGAUGAUGUGGAUGUAGUUACUGUCUUUACCCAAAGACUGCAUAUUGCACCCAACCUGGAGAACAUCAGUGCCAUUGAGUUUGUGACUGAAAACAUUCAGGCAGUUGGACAAGAAGAAGAAUGUCGGUACCUACUGGUGCUCACAAAGAACUAUGCAGCCCUACAGAUACUGCAGCAAACCUUCUUUUCAGAAAGUGGCCAGCCAGAAAUAAUCUUUGGAUCCAGUUUCCCUAAAGACCAAGAGUAUACCCAAAUCUGCCGCAACAUCAACAGAGUCAAGAUCUGCAUGGAGACAGGUCAAACAGUCGUGCUCUUGAACUUGCAGAACCUCUAUGAAAGUCUCUACGAUGCCCUCAACCAAUACUAUGUCUGUUUGGGAGGACAGAAAUAUGUGGACCUUGGACUGGGAACCCACCGCGUGAAAUGCAGGGUGCACAAAGACUUCCGGCUAAUUGUCAUUGAGGAAAGAGAGGUGGUUUACAAACAGUUCCCAAUACCGCUCAUCAACAGGCUGGAGAAACACUACCUGGACAUCCACACUGUCCUUAAAACUGAACAGAAGAGGAUGGUGGAUGAACUGGAGAAAUGGUUGAAACUUUUUGUGUCUCUCAGCAGUCAACACGCAGCAGUAGCUCAAGCCUACAAGUACCAACUGCCAGAUGUCUUCAUCGGCUACCACUCAGACACAUGUGCUUCUGUGGUACUUCAAGUAAUAGAGAAGCAGAAGGACAGUUUGGAGAGCUCAGAUCCUGAGAGGAGAAUCCUGGAGGAAGCUAAACUCAUACUGCUUAAAUGCGCCACACCAGACUCAGUUGUGCGGUUGGACUGCACAAGGCUUCCCAAAGUCGAGAGUGAAAAUCUGGCCAGGGUCUACUUUGAAGAGCAGAAUAACAGCUGUUUAGCUGACUUCAUUCUUGCUCACACAAUGCAGGAAGUCCAUUGCUACUCUUCCUUCACAGAGGUGACAACAUUCUCCAGACUUCUGACAGCAUCUGACCUUGAACCACUAGAGCAAGUGUUGCAUGUUGUUGAGCUUCUGUCACUUCAGCAGUUUGACACAGAGCACUCCUUCCUAAAGAAAAUCAGGAACUUCCUAACUGCUGAAAAUGGGAGCAUCACUGGACCCUGCAACAAGAUCCUCCUCAUUCAGUGUGAUUUUGAUAACGCAUCCCAUAGCGCCAAUCUCAUUGCAUCUGCAAAGUAUUCAUCCAUAAAUGAAAUCAACAAACUAACUCAGGAGAGCACAGGAAGCAGGGUGUUUGUCUACUUUAUCACCAGACUGCCAAGAAUGGAAGGAGGGACCUCAUAUGUUGGCUUUCAUGGAGGGCCCUGGAGAUCAGUUCACAUCGAUGACCUGAGACGGUCAAAAGACAUCGUUUCAGACAUCAAAGCCUUGCAAAACAUGACAAUCAGUCAGAUGUUUGAAACAAAGAUGAGUCGGCCUGAAGCCAUGGAGAUGGAUGACAUGUACACUGAGGAUACGCAGGAGGAAGCAGAGCUGGAGGAAAAUCAGGGCUGGGAUAAUGUUGUGGACACUACAGCUCUGGUUCGGAGCUGUGUGCAGAGUGCAGUGGGCAUGUUGAGGGACCAGGUGGAAAGCGGGUUCCGCAGCACUCGAAGAGUUGAAAUCCUGCUGACACUCCUCAGUGAUGAUGAUGAAGUAAAAGGGGAAUUUCUGCAAAUCGUGAAGAGGCAUCUUCACUCAUUGCUGUCAACUCAUGAUGGCAACACCUUCUCAUCCAUCAAAAGCAACUGGGUCAUUAAGGAGGCCUCAAACAUUGAUGCCUUGCAAGAAGGAGGCACUUUCAGGCAAACCUUAUGGAAGCGUGUUCAAGCUGUGGUCUUCCCCUUCUUGGCGCAACUGGUUUCGCUCAUUGAUCGCGAUCAAAACUUGGACAUCCUUCUAGAUAGAGACUGUGGCCAAUUUGUCAAGAGAUUGUGGUUAGACAUCUUUGGCGAUGAAAAGCUGCUGGAAAUCCCACACCUAACAAUGGACCAAAAUUCUGAGACAAGAACAAUCCUUGUUCAGAACUACAUCGCCCAAGACAGGAACAUGAGCUGCAGCAUGCCCUUCAGUUGGAGGAUCAAGGACUACUUGGAAGAACUCUGGGUUCAUGCACUUCAACAUGAAGGCCAAACUCAACAAGAGUUUGAUGAGUUCUUUUGGAAGACACCCCUGGGAAGGUACAUUGAGAAAGCAGACCAAGAGAAGCAGACCGAGUUUUUCCAACGCUACCUUCAGGAUUUCAUCUCCAUGACAAUGAAUGUGACUUGUCAGGAUGAUCUGCAGCUCCUGUGUGGAGCCCUGAACUGUUGCGUCAACGAGCUGCGAUUGCGGCUUAAUGCCACAGAUACAGCGGCAUCUCUACCAUGGGUCCAUGCUGCUUAUCAUGAGUUCAAGAACCGACUGCAAAACCUCUCCAGAAUGAUCUGCAUUGAGCCCCAAGUGACCAAGCACCUCUUGAUGAAUCAUCAUACCAGAGACGGGGUUGAACUGAUACUCGACGUGUAUGCUGCUUUUGCAUGUGUGGAGUACCUGGAGCCUCAAUACUUGGACACAGACGCCCAAAGACAAGCUUGGCUGAGGCGGGUCAAAAAACUCCAGGUUCCCAUUGAGUUGAUCUGCUCAGAGGACAUAGUGAGACGAUAUGGAGAGAGGAGCAAGGUGAUCGUCCGCAGAGUCCAAGCUGGAUGGAAUAGGAUAUUCUCUCUCUCUCUAUUUGUGGAACACAUGUUGUUGGGCAUUGAACAGGUGGAGAAGAAGCUGACACCUUUAGUUCUGGAGCAUACAAAAGGGCUUUGCCAGAUACUGGAAAAAAAUUCAGACCUCAAAACUCAGCAGUCAUUUGAGGCAGUAAUCUCUUUACUCAAAACCUGCAAAGAUGGGGCCGAUGAAUGCAUCUUCAGGUUUGGUCUAAAACUGUGCCCAGUGUGUAUGGGAGACCCCCAAGAUCCGCUCUGCCUACCAUGUGAACACAUCUACUGUGUAGCCUGCAUCAAACAGUGGUUGAUCCCUGGCCAGAUGUACUGUCCCCUCUGCAUGCAGCCAGUUGAGGACAACUUCCCCAUGGUUCCUUCAGAUGCCAUAGGCAUUCUCGUCAAACAACACGCUCAGUUCAGGAAGCAGUGCAAUGCUUUCUUCAUCGACCUGGUGUCCACUGUGUGCUUCAAGGACAACUCUCCCCCCUGUCCAGCUGUUAUUCUCCAUUUGCUGUCGUUUCUCAUGGUGGAAGCAAACACUGUUCCCAUUCUCAGAGUUAAUCGACAAACUCUGACAAAGGCGCUUUCUCCAUUUGAUGACUCUGUGGAUAAAAAUCCAGUGGUCCGGUCAGUAGUGCUCAAACUCCUGCUGAAGUACAGCUUCAAUGAAGUUAAAGGUUACCUGCAGCAGCAUCUGGUGGCAGUUGAGCAGAGCAACAUCUUGGAGGAGACGGAUAAAACUGAACUCUACUCGUUGUACAUUAACUGCCUGGAGGAUUCCAUGUUUGAAAGGUUGCAGUUCAGGUCCGUUGAAGACCAGCGGGUGUGUCUGCAGGAUGAAAACGCCUUUCUGACGGAGUACCUGCAAUCACAUGGUCAAUCUGCUGAAACAGCCACCGUGGAGUAUCUGCAGCAGGUGGCCAGAGUGCGUAUGGACCUGGAUAUGGCUGUAAGCCUCAUUGUAGAAAAACUCAGAACCACAGCAGAGGCUCAGCGGGCCGGUGGAACCCCAGCCUUCCUGACCAGCGUAGUGAACUUGUGUAGGCGCAGUGGAAACGACUGGUAUCGUGUCUACUUGAUCCGUAAGAUCUGCAGCCAGCAUGGAGUGGAGUUUGUCCUGAAACUCCUCAAGAAGGAUGGAAUGAGCUGGCUCUUCCCUGAAGAAGUGCUGCACAAGAGUGAAGAAGCCACCCCUAUAGACCAGUAUCUUGUGUGCGGGGAGCACUACAAGACCAUCAGAGAUGCUGUUGCUAAGGGAGUUAUGGAGGGAAAAGUGGACGGACUGGAUGAGACUUGCGAGGGGUGCAGAUGCUCACCGCAGCAUACAACAGUUUAUCUUCUGUUGGCGCUGUACAGAGAAGUCACAACUCUCUACAAAGAAGCCAGUGCAUCAUUCCAUCCCAAGCCUGAGCAACUGGAAGCCCUGUUGACCUUCAUCGAGAAGUCCAAAUUCCUAGACAGCCCUCAGUUGAAGGCGUUUGCCAAGGCUCUGGUGACCAACCAGCUCGGGCCGUUGGUUGUUCGUCCAGGGGCCUCUGGUGCCCAUUCUGUCUUUGUGGACCUAUCCAUUCACCUGGCUGCUGUCUUGCUCUUUGGGAACCAGGGGAUCUUAGCUCCCCUGCAGCAGCUGGCAAUGGCACCUGCCAACAUGCAGGCAGCCUUCUUGCCCACCAUGCCCGAAGACAUGUUAGUAGUGGCUCAACAAGCUAUGGGACAUUUGCAGUGGUACCAUUGUCCAAAUGGUCACCCCUGUACUAUUGGAGAGUGCGGCCAGCCCAUGGAAAAAAGUCGUUGUCUGGACUGUGGUGUAGAGAUUGGGGGAGAGAACCACCGGCCUGUGACUGGAUUUCAACCUGCUCAGUUGCAGGGUGACCGCACUCAGACAGGCCACAUCCUCGGCGACCCCAGCCGCAGGGACAAUCCAGACAUGCUGGACACAAAGAGCAUUUCUCCUGUUCCCUUCACCAUGGUCCGAAUGCUGACUCACAUGGCCAUGCUGCUGGGCACCUGCAGCAACCUACAGUCUAUCUCUACCAUCAUCAAGCCUCCAGUACCUGACCCAGGUGCUUUCCUAUUUGCUCACCUGCGAAAGGACUUGGAGCAUCUCAUCAGAUCUCUGGGUAAAGGGACAGACGACACAGUCAACGCUGUUCACCUGCUCAUCAGCAGCCUCCUAGAACCCAGACAGCAACAAACAUGGCCUGUUCCAUAUGACAAUGUGCUCUCCACAAAAGAAAGGAGAAAUGGAUGGGAGAUGGAAGUGAGCAAUGUCAUCAUCACACCUCAGCUCAAGCACUUGGAUAGACAGCUAAAAGAGGUGAACACAUUCAUCCGGACGGACUCUCGCAUCUCUGCCAAUCCAAUCAUGAUGUUAAUGUUUGGCGAUCCUCGUCUCUUCUUGGCCUCUCUUCCCCAAAAUUCUCUGAUCCACCGUUCUGCCGUGUGGAGCUGCAGGGAGAAAGUGUCUCUGCUGAGCCUCACCCACAUUGUGGAGCAGAAUGAUGGCAAAGACACCCUGCCGGUGCUCUGGAGAUUUCUGCAUAAGGAGGCAGAGCUCCGACUGGUGAAGCACCUUCCUGACAUCCUCACGCUCCAGAGAGAUCUGGUCAAGAAGUUUCAGAAUGUCACCGAGCUGACUUGUGGCAGCAUCGCCGAAUUCCUCCAGAGUCAGAAAGCAGUGUCGCUGAGAGCCUGGUAUGAUAAAUACAUCAAAAUCUUCCUGAAAACCUGGAACCAGCUCCGAGUGUCUCUGGCCACUAACGGUGAGAUCAAGAUCCCGGCUGAGUUCUGCCAGGAAGACCUAUACCUCAACAGUGACUUCAAGGUGCUGUUGCCACGGCGACAAGGCCCGGGCCUGUGCUCUACAGCCCUGGUCAGCUACCUCAUCGCCCUGCACAAUGAGCUGAUCUACUGUGUGGAUAAGCACACUGAAGAGGAGACCAGCUACAGAGUGAGCCCUGCGGAUCUGACUGACCUGCAUGUGAUCCGGUAUGAGCUGGAGAGGGACCUGAUGCCUCUGGUCCUCUCCAACACCCAGUACAGCAUCGAGAGGGGUCAGGAGACUCUUCAUGAGUACGACUUGCCCAAGAUCCAGCAACAGAUCGUCUCCCGCUUCUUACUGGGCAAACCUUUCAUCACCCUCAAUGGCAUCCCAACACUGGUGAACAGACAUGACCGCAACUAUGAGAUUAUCCUAAAGGAUGUGAAUGCUAAAGUCCAGCAGGAGCCUCUGCAGACUCUCACCCUGUUCGCCGUGGCUGGGGAGCUGCACUCCUACAGCGAGGCGUGUGAGGCGUUGUCCACGCUGGAAGUGGCCCUCGGUUUCCUCGCCAUGACCGGGGGAGAGCCUCAGAUGCAGCUGUCCUGCUACCUGGAGGAGGUGCUGCAGAUGGGAAACCAGAUGGCUCCGCAUAUCCUCAAGGCUCUGAGCAUGUGCUGCCUAAAGCAUUGUGUGGCUCUGUGGCAGCUGUUGGCCUCACUCAAAUCAGAACAUAUGCUGAGGCUCAAGAGGGAUCCAUUUAUGGACGUCUCAGAGCAGUACAAACAGGCCCUGAGCGAGGACGGGCAGAGGCUCCUGACUGGCUUCUUUUCUAAGAGCAGCGCUGACUCUUUCCUGCUGGAGAUGCACGAGUUCCUGGUGCUGGUCCUUAAAAAGCCCAACGCAUCUGAUACCUUCAGGCCUGAUUGGAGCCUGAAAGUCACGCUGGUGUCUUACUUGGAGCGCAAAGACUUGGACACCCCCCCUGAUGUAGAGGAGCUCUUCCCAGAGGAGAUCUGCUUGUCCCAGUAUGUUGAAGCCUGGAAGUUCAUCGUGGCCUUCAAGCAGGAACGUGGCCAGAGACAAUGAAGACCAGAUGAAAGCGUUGUUUUUUUUUUCCCCUCUGCCUCAUUUAUUUGAUAUUCUUGAAUUCCUCAGAUGACGUUUACAAUCAUGAUGAAUCAAACAGUAUUGAAGCCGUAUGGAUGUGUGAUGUGUUCUGUAUUUUACACAUAUUUAUGCAGAGACGUGCCUUUUUAAGAGCACUAAUGUUGAUCUUAAUAGUGCCACAAAAUAAGAGUACAGUUCACCUGUAACAAGAUGUGAACUUUGAGGUUCUUUUGGGUUAUCUAUAGGAUAUUUUCUAGAUCUUUUUCAACAUGUGCAUCUUCUGUACAGUUGAACAUCUUCUUUCUUGCACUUUACUUGUACUGUGAAUCUGUCUGUCCCGCAGAGGCAGGAAUCAGAAUUCUACUCAGGUACAAAUGUGGAAAAACUCAAGGGUCUAAAAAAAAAAAUCAUGCUGACCUAAGUCACUUUAUCAAGUAUACAGUGUCUUUUCACUUUGCUUAAAAAAGCUGUUGUGUCCUUUC